GUUUUAUGACCAUGGUCUGUCAGUGGGAGCAGCUGAGCUACAGCUACAUGUGGAAGAUUCCAACGACUCUACAGUACUCUGGAGAGUAUUGUGUAACCAGGGCAACCAGUGGUCACAGGCCACUAUUCAGCUUGGACGCCUUACUCAGCCCUUCCAUUUGUCACUAGAUAAAGUCAAUCUUGGCAUUUAUGACGGAGUCUCAGCUAUUGAUGACAUCAGAUUUGAAAAUUGUACCCUUUCUCUUCCUGCAGAGAGCUGUGAAGAGCCGGACUUUUUCUGCUGUCGACGCAGCAAGGCUUGCAUAGAAAAACUUCUGUUAUGUGAUUUGGUAGAUGAUUGUGGUGAUCAUACUGAUGAGGUUGACUGUGUACCUGAGUUCCAAUGUAACUUUGAAAAUGGAAUCUGUAACUGGGAACAAGAUACAGAAGACGACGUUGAUUGGACCAGGAAGCACGGUCCAACUUCAACACUUAAUACAGGGCCAAUGAAGGCUCAUACCUUGGGCACAGCUAAAGGACACUAUCUCUACAUAGAAUCUUCGGAGCCACAGGUUUUCCAAAACAGAGCUACUUUCCUCAGCCCUGUCCUCAAUGCCACCGAUGCAGGGGGCUGCACCUUCCGCUUAUAUUACCACAUGUUUGGAAAGCAUAUUUAUAGGCUGGCCAUCUACCAGAGAGUUUGGAGUAACACAAGAGACAGCUGCUGUGGCAGAUAUUUGGGAAUCAAGGCAACAGAUGGAUGAGGAAACGCCUCAAUCUUUCCAGCAGGAAGCCUUUUCAGGUAUAGAUAAUGGCUUUCGUAAUGUGUAUUUAAGAUGCAUUCAGAAUGUCUAAGGAAUAUGAAAGAUCACUAUAUCCUUGAAUUAAAAGCCAGUGGAAUUUGGUCAGAGUUAUUUGGAAGUACAUUUAUCAUGCAAUUAAGGUUGUGCCAAAGCAUGUUAAGUUGCUUUCCUCUUUGACUACCCCCAAUAAUCUGUGAUU